CUGCUUGGGCCUUUUCGCCCCCCACUCCAGUCUGUAAGGAAAUGAUUCCUAUUGGCCAAAGGAAUCCUUUUAAAUAGGUGCAAAUGAAACCAAAUUAUAAUCCCCCAACACACACACACACACAUCGUUUCGACUCCCAAGUCGAUUGUCAUGUGAUACUAAAGAAGUGGGUCAUUAAUGGAGCUCCACUACAGGGGCCUUUUUUCCUCCUGUCACCUCAUACAAGUAUCAGACGAUUCGGGAGGCAGCAAUGGAGGAGGCAGCUAUUUAGCUCUUCGAAUCCAGAAGGGGUAAGAGAGAGAAAGGCGAAUACAGAGAGAAAGACAGAGACGGUGGGCGAGCUGUAGACACUCCCCCUCCCAUUCAGCUGCUGGUGGGAAAAGAAGGCAUUCCACAUUUUGCUAGAGACACAUGAUGAGCACUUGGAAGAAAAUCUCGUCGCUCUGAACACUGCGGACAGCUACCUCAGAACAAUAAACUAUUGCCCACUAUUUUCACAUUUUUUUUAUUUAUAGAUAACGAAUUUCAUAACCACUUUGACAGUGAACACAGACAGACAACUUCUACGAAGUCUGAGGUGGGAAAUUGCUUUUUAAAUUGCCUCUCUGUUAUUAAGUAUCAAUUUAAAGGAGCUGAUCAGGUAUGAAGUAUGAACACUGACCGAUAUACGGAGCCAAAGCUUAAAAGGUUUAUUCAUUUUACCUGCAUAUUCCAGCCCUCUAAAAGUGCGCACUUUAAAAGUUUAUCUGCGUGAUAUAAGACUCUGAAAAAGAAAUCCGCGAAGCCUGUGGUUGCAAUAUUGAGCAGUGGUUUGUGUCCCUAAGUAGUUAAUCUCUGUUCAACUGUUUACAGGUAACUAAAGCAAUUUGCCAAGAUGCCGCGCCCUGGCAGAAACACCUACAGCGACCAGAAGCCUCCUUAUUCUUAUAUUUCACUGACUGCCAUGGCAAUCCAGAGCUCCCCUGAGAAGAUGUUGCCACUAAGUGAGAUUUAUAAGUUCAUAAUGGACCGCUUUCCGUACUACCGGGAGAAUACACAGAGGUGGCAGAACUCUUUGAGACAUAACUUGUCUUUUAAUGACUGUUUCAUCAAGAUUCCAAGGAGGCCGGAUCAACCAGGAAAAGGCAGUUUCUGGGCUCUCCACCCCAACUGUGGAGACAUGUUUGAAAAUGGCAGUUUCUUGAGACGUCGCAAGAGAUUUAAGGUGGUAAAAUCUGACCAUUUGGCACCUACUAAGCCAUCAGAAGCAGCACAGUAUCUUCAGCAGCAAGCCAAACUUAGACUGAGUGCCCUAGCCGCUUCUGGUACCCACCUCACGCAGAUGUCCAGUUAUAAUCUUGGUGUUUCACAACCAUCCAGCUUCAAGCACCCUUUCGCCAUCGAGAAUAUAAUUGCAAGAGAAUAUAAGAUGCCAGGAGGUCUUGCUUUUUCUACAAUGCCACCCAUGACUGCAGGGUACCCACUUCCAAACCAGUUGACUACAGUUGGCAGUUCGCUUGGCACGGCGUGGCCUCACAUGUACAGCAGCAGCGUGAUAGACACUGCCACCCCGAUCUCUAUGGCUACUAGCGACUACAGCGCCUAUGGGGUGCCUCUCAAGCCUCUUUGCCACGGACAGACUCUUCCAGCAAUCCCAGUACCCAUCAAACCCACACCAGCUACAGUGCCAGCAUUAGCAGGCUUACCCGGACCCAUCCCUACCAUAUUAUCAAGUUCACCCCCUUCACUGAGCCCGACCUCACCACAGACAAUGACUAGCCAAAGCAGCCCUGCGACUCCCCGAGAGACAUUAACCAGCUCCACGGGCCUGCAAUCAGUAGCUGUGCACUGACAGUUUGUAGAUUAAAUAAUGUACAGCACACAGGCUACGGUAAAUCCAAAGUGCUUUCAAAGUUGGGUAAGACUUCUCCUACAAAGGCUGAGGUGAAAGAGAUUUGCAGUUUGUAUGUUUGCUGAAUUGUGUUGUGUACUAUAACUUGCAAUCACAGUUUCCAACACCGCAAGCUUUCUCCAUUUCUGUUUGUAACUGGGCACCUGGGCUGCUUUUUCUUAACAGGCCUCUGCAACAGGAUAGGAGAGAAGCAAACUAUUCUCUGGUGUUUGGAAUUUGUCUCAAAAUAAAUAGUUGUCAGAAAUAGCCAAUUAAAAUAUAUAUGUUCACCCCAAUUUGUUUAUGUACUCAUUUCCUCAGUACUACUAAGUUAGCCAUCUCUGUCUUGGUCGUUAUAUGAUACGGGUCAAUUAACAAAUGUGUGGCUUCUGGAUAUGUUUAGAGUGUCUACAGCCUAUUUAGUUUAAAAUUCCAGCCAUAUCAGGGCUUUUAAGAAGAGAAUGAAGCUCACUUUUUGCUAAAUGUGCUGUAAUAUUAUCCCUUGAAAAUGAAUAUGAAAUGCAAUUGUCUCAACCCUUGGUUUAUUAUAGGCACAGUAACUUUGAUUAGACUCACUGUGCUGUUUUUAAGGCAAAUCGCAAUAUGUUUGUGGAGGCAUUAAUAAGUUUGUCCUUUAUUGGUUGUAAUGUAUGUAAAUCCGUUCAGAUGGCGUUGACGUAUGAUGUACCUGCUUCAAAAGAUGAAUGUGCACUUGAUUUUCGGCAUUUUUCCACAAAACGAAAUUAUAACAUAUACUUCAACAACAAGCCGAGUACUUGGUUAUUAGAUGUGCAAGUAUCAAAUCAGGAUGCCAAAAGGCAACGAAACGUUUAUUGGACAGCAAUGUUUAAGUUGGUAGUUGUGCAUCGCAAAGAAAAUGUCAAAUGUCUGCGCACAGAAGGAUACGCUCCUAGGACACUUAAUUGUUGCCACUACAGUAAGGUCAGCAACGUAGGCGCUAGUUAAGUACCCGCUGUAACACACGCACAUUUUCUAUAUCACUUGUCUCCCUCUCAAGUAUUUUUUUUCAGCUCAUAAGUUGGCUUUUAGUAACAGACGUGUCCAAACUGCUGCUCUUUUCCUGUCGGCAGUUUUCCAUUAAGCUGUGGUAUAAUCUUACCUGUAAAAAGUAACACUGAAUCUUCUGUACAGCAUUUAGCAUGAUAGUUGAAAUAUUGUGUACGUUCUUGUUGCCAGCAUGCCUGCUUUACAAAGUGGGGAAGCCUUGUCAAUGUUAAUUUAUGAAUACGGUGUCCCAGAAUAUUUUCUCAUUAAAAUGCGCACAGUUCUAUUA